AUGUCUUCCUACGGCGGCGGCGGCGGCUACCAGCGCGACUCCUACCGCUCCAGAAACGGUGGCGGCGGCGGCGGCUACGGUAACGGUAACGGUUACUCCAACGGCGGAGGCUACGGUGGUGGUGGUGGUGGUGGUGGUUACGGCGGUGGUGGCUAUGGCGGCGGCGGCUACGGCGGCGGCGGCUAUGGUGGCAGAGGUGGUGGUGCCGGCGGUGCUGGCGGAGACCGCAUGUCCAACCUGGGCGCCGGUCUGAAGAAGCAGGAAUGGGAUCUUGACUCCCUGCCCAAGUUCGAGAAGUCCUUCUACAAGGAACACGCCGAUGUCGCCGAGCGCUCUCAGCGUGAUGUUGACGAGUUCCGUAAGAAGCACGAGAUGGCUGUUCAGGGAAGAAACGUCCCUCGCCCUGUCGAGACCUUCGACGAGGCCGGUUUCCCUCAAUACGUUCUCAGCGAGGUCAAGGCCCAGGGCUUCGACCGCCCUACCGCUAUUCAGUCUCAGGGUUGGCCCAUGGCCCUCUCUGGUCGCGACGUUGUCGGUAUCGCUGAGACGGGUUCCGGAAAGACCCUGACCUACUGUCUUCCUGCCAUUGUUCACAUCAACGCCCAGCCCCUCCUCGCCCCCGGUGACGGCCCCAUUGUCCUUAUCCUCGCCCCCACCCGUGAAUUGGCCGUUCAGAUUCAAGCCGAAAUCUCCAAGUUCGGAAAGUCUUCCCGUAUCCGCAACACCUGUGUCUACGGUGGUGUCCCCAAGGGUCCUCAGAUCCGUGACCUGAGCCGUGGUGUGGAAGUCUGCAUUGCGACUCCCGGUCGUCUGAUUGACAUGCUCGAGGCUGGUCGCACCAACCUUCGUCGUGUCACCUACCUCGUUCUGGAUGAGGCCGAUCGCAUGCUGGACAUGGGUUUCGAGCCCCAGAUCCGCAAGAUCAUCUCCCAGAUUCGCCCUGACCGUCAGACCUGCAUGUGGUCCGCUACAUGGCCCAAGGAGGUCCGUCAGCUUGCGUCUGACUUCCUCAACGACUACAUCCAGGUUAACAUUGGUUCCAUGGAUCUGUCGGCCAACCACCGUAUCACUCAGAUCGUCGAGGUCGUCUCGGACUUCGAGAAGCGCGACAAGAUGAUCAAGCACCUCGAGAAGAUCAUGGAGAACCGUGCCAACAAGUGCCUUAUCUUCACCGGCACCAAGCGCAUCGCUGACGAAAUCACUCGCUUCCUCCGCCAGGACGGAUGGCCGGCACUUUCUAUUCACGGUGAUAAGCAACAGCAAGAAAGAGAUUGGGUCUUGAACGAGUUCAAGACGGGCAAGAGCCCAAUCAUGGUGGCUACUGAUGUGGCUUCCCGUGGUAUCGAUGUGCGCGACAUCACACACGUUCUCAACUAUGACUACCCCAACAACUCGGAGGACUACGUUCACCGUAUUGGUAGAACUGGUCGUGCCGGUGCUAAGGGUACCGCCAUCACCUUCUUUACCACUGACAACUCCAAGCAGGCUCGUGACUUGGUCACCAUUCUCACUGAGGCCAAGCAGCAGAUUGACCCCCGUCUCGCCGAGAUGGUCCGCUACAGUGGCGGCGGUGGUCAUGGCCACGGUGGCUAUGGCCGCUGGGGUGGCCGUGGUGGUGGCCGUGGUGGUGGCCGUGGCCGCGGCAACCACUUCACUGCUUCCAAUGCUGCUCCUCUUGGUGGCAACCGUCGCUGGUAA